GUCCUCUCUAUCUCACUCCCCAGUCCCCACUCCACUCGAUUCGCUCUCGCUGAGCAAGCCGGCGCCCGGAGCAGAGCCCGAGAUCCCUCCCCGCCGCGCCGGGCCGUGGUUUCCACUAGCCGAGCUCGCAAAAGCCGCUGCCUUCCAUCCCUAUUCUCGCCCGCUCGGGGGAGCAACGGAGCCGCGCGCCAUGGGGUCCGUGUCCCUGAAGCUGCCGGCGUCCCGCCGCCGCCACGGCGGGCCGCUCUCCUGCCUCUGCUCACCGGCGCCGCUCAACCUCCUCAUGCUGCUCUCCCUUCUCUGCACCAACCUCCUCGCCUUCUUCGCCUUCUUCGCCGCCCCUCCCCGCCACGACCCCGCCGCCGGCACAACCCCCUCCGCCUCCUCCAACCUCUCCGCGCACGUCGCCGCCAUCGCGCUCGAGAUCGGCGGUGGGUCCUCCUCCUCCGGCGCCCGCCUCCCGGACGGCCUGCCCCCGGAGCUGCUCCUCUUCCUCACCCCGCACGCGCUGCCGCUCGGCCGCGACGCGCGGACGGGGCUCACCCACAUGCCGGCCUCCGUCGCGGCCUCCUGCCUCCGCUCCCCGUCCGCGCUGGCGCUCCUCUCGGCCUUCAUGUCCUACGCGCCCCACUCCGCCUGCCCGCGCAACGCCACCCUCCCGCGCCGGCUCGUCUCCAAGGGCUGCGAGCCGCUGCCCCGCCGCCGGUGCCUCUCCCGCGGGCCCCGCGCCCCGCUCCCGUCCUCCGGCAUGGGCCUCGACCACCGCCGCUGGGACGGCCCCGCGCGCGGCGGCGGCCACGAGUUCCUCGUCGACGACGUGCUGCGCCUGGCCGCGUCCAAGAUCCGGAUCGGCCUCGACGUCGCCGGCGGCGCCGCUAACUUCGCCGCCCGGAUGAGGGAGCGCGGGGUCACCGUCGUCACCUCCGUGCUCGACGGGCCCGGGAAGCCGAUGAACGAGUUCGUGGCGGCGAGGGGCCUGUUCCCGCUCCUGCUCUCGCCGGCGCACCGGUUCCCCUUCUACGAUGGGGUGUUUGACCUGGUGCACGUCGGCACCGCGGCGCUGGACGAGGCCGGGUCGCCCGCCAUGGGGCAGGCGGCGACGCCGGAGGCGCUGGAGUUCUUCCUGUUCGACGUCGACAGGGUGCUGCGCGCCGGCGGGCUGCUCUGGAUCGACAGCUACGUGUGCCAGAGCGAGGAGAGGAGGCGAGUGGUUGCCAAGCUCGUUGACAGGUUUGGUUACAAGAAGCUCAAGUGGGUCGUCGGAGAGAAGGCCGGCGGUGCAGCGACAUCAACCUACCUCUCGGCGGUGCUGCGAAAGCCGGCAAGAAGCUGAAAUCAUACUACACAAGGAUUGUUCAAUCCAGGCUCCUUGGUCAGAGGUUAUUAAGGUGGUUUGCUUCUUCUGGAGCAGUGGGAAACACAACCGAUUUUUAUCAUCCGAAACCAAUCAAAAUAUAGUUGCCGGUGCAUUUCAUACAGCCAUAGCAUCACUGAUGUUCAAUCUUCGGAUUUCUGAUGGUCUAAGGCGUCUAGAAAAGGAGGAUACACUAUAUCUCCGAAGUGCAUAUGAAGUUUUCUUAACCGCAGACUGAAGAGUUGCCAUGUAAAAGUUUUUUGCCGAACAUAAAACUAUCAAUUCUAGGAGCACCAUCUGAUGAAACCAGGGAUUUCUGUGCUUUCCUUCCCUGUACAUACACAAACUGCUUACCUACAAAAUGAAGGUCAGGAUGAGUGAAUGACUGUAUCAGCAGGCAGCAGCACAUACACAUCUCCUCCAAAGUGUAAAGGCUGCCUGAAAUGCUGCAUUGUUACCGUUAUGCGACGUAAAUCAUGUUAGUGCUAUAUGGAACUGUUAUAAUGUUCACCCCUGUUUGCUCUCAGUUUUCGUUGUUACUAGGGAGUGGUUGCAGUUUGAAAUGCUAAUUUCCUUGGUGAGAAUUUGUGGCAUUUUAGUCGUUGAAAUGGUUCGUGGCUUAAUAUUUUUGUGUAUUUUUGAUCCUUCAUGUUCAGUGCACACAUUGGUCCUACUGAUUUUGGCAACUGGGUAGGAAUAAGUUCAGAAUUUUGGUUGAUCGGCUUUCACCAGUCGGCAGAAAAAAGGUUGGUACUUCGGUGAUAUAUAAUCUUGCGAGUGUUGCUAGCUGGGGUCUUUCUUUGCUGCUGCUUCUGUGACAAGGUUUGUGUUGGCCGGCGUUAAUUUUCUGUGACAAGGUUAAUUUUCUGUAAGGUUCCAUGUCUUUUUGUUUUUGUUCAUCAUAGUGGAACCUAGUUUGUUCCUUUUACCCCCCAAAAAAUGGACCAGGU